UCUCAGAGCACAGGGACUCUGUCUCUGUCCACUUUUGCUGCCUGGCUGAAAACAGACCAUCAUACUUGGCUGUCUCUCUGUUUUUCCAGGAUCUGUUCAUCUUUUAUAGUUGUUUAAGAUCAGAGAAAACACCUGCCAGUUGCUUUUUCUUCUGUUUCGGUCCCUUCUGCUGCUUCGUGCAAGAUGGAGCUAGAAAAUGCAAUGAUCAGCUCCUCGAGCAGUUCUUCAGCAGGCUCCAGAGAGUACAAGGUGGUGAUGCUGGGAGCAGGGGGAGUUGGCAAAAGCGCAAUGACAAUGCAGUUCAUUAGUCAUCGGUUCCCUGACUACCAUGACCCAACUAUAGAGGAUGCCUAUAAAACUCAAGUCCGAAUUGAUGAUGAACCAGCCUAUUUGGACAUUCUAGACACUGCUGGACAGGCAGAAUUCACAGCCAUGAGGGACCAGUAUAUGAGAGGUGGAGAAGGCUUCAUUAUCUGCUAUUCCAUCACAGACCGCCAAUCCUUCCAGGAAGCAGCUGAGUUCAAGGAACUCAUUUAUCGCGUACGGCACACCUAUGACAUCCCCGUGGUGCUGGUGGGAAACAAAAUAGACCUUGAGGAGUUCAGACAGGUCUCAACUGAAGAAGGAAUGAGCUUAGCCAGAGAAUAUUCCUGCUCAUUUUUUGAGACUUCAGCUGCUCUGCGUUUCUACAUUGAUGAUGUCUUUCAUGGAUUAGUGAGGGAAAUUAGAAGGAAAGAGUCCUCACUGUCCAUGAUGGAGAAGAAGAUGAAGAGGAAGGAUAGUCUGUGGCGGAAACUGAAGGGGUCCCUGAAGAAAAAAAAGGAAAGUACAACCUGAUGGCAAUUCUUCAUGAGCCACUCAUCAGGAGCUGACCACAGUAACCUGUGAAAUAGUUUGAAAUAGUUCAAAAAGGCAGCAUUGACACAGCAUCUUCCAGGCCAGGUCCUGGAGUUCCUUCCCUUCAGCUCUCAGGCAGAAGUUGCUCCUUGAGAGCUCAAUUCAUGAUUUCCCUGUGACUCUUCUGUUCUAUAGUGUCAUUUAGCAUACCCUCUCAUACCUUUUCUGCAACUCUGAGUGGAGAAAAUACUGUGGUUUUUAACAUGCUCCGUGGCUGGUCUUCAAAUGCUAUGAGCAGCCAGCAGCCAAGGCAGAACCAGCUUACACCAGCUCUAGGGCAAUGGAUACACUUAUUAUUGCCUCCUCCUCUGCAUGCACAGGUCAUUUCAUCAUCCCAGGAGUGAAUGAUGGUGAUAUCAAUGGACAUUUUGACUGUUUAAGGACUUUGGGUUAUGACCUCCAGCUUUGCAUUCACCUGUAGGUUUAGGGUUAGAUAGAGUGUGCUCGGCUGCACGCCCGUGUCUCUGUGUGACCGUGUCUGUGAGCCAGGCCACAGGGAGCCCUGGGGAUUCACCAUUCUGAGCCUGUGGUACCCCAUCCCCAUCCUGCCCUGUCCAGCCAGCAGGCAGGUCUUGCAAGCAGAGUCAUGCACCAGCCCUGCAGAGGCUGCUCUGUCCCCUCUGAUCGUGUCCUACAGACAUGCCCUGCAUGGAAAUCAAACAAGAGUUUGUGUUGGAAAGGAGCUUUUAAAGGUCACCUGGUCCAAACCCUUGCAAGGAAUGGGGACACCUUACUCUUGAUCAGGUUUCUCAGAGUCCUGUUCAGGCUGACCUUGGAUGUUUGCAGGGAUGGGGCAUUCAGCACCAGCCAGGGCAUCCUGUGCCAGUGCUUCACCACCAGCCACACUCCCCCAUCUCACCAAGGAGCUCACAAGUGCUCUGUCUGUCCAGUGAGUCCCAGAGCCCUCCCUGGAGCAGUGCAGCUCUGUCCCAGCAUGUAAUAGCAUCUGUGAUGUAGCAUCCAGCCCUUGACUUACUAGAGAAUUGCAUCAGCUCAAUCACCAUUGCUCAUAGUCCUUGACUAUCCAACUGAACCACUUGAUUUAGCAGUUGGAUAAGUCUUUUUAAAUAUUCCUUUUUAAAGCUGGCAUGAAGUAGAGUAUAUGCUCUUGAACAUUUUUCCUCCUGGAGCUCUUUUAAUGUUGUUGCUAUUUAUAAAUUUUACAGAUAGAAUAUGCAUAAGUUUUGUCAAAAAUAAAGAUUGUGAUUUCCAUGGAA